AUGCAUGCUAUCCGCGCAUCCUCGAUUGGGCAGACCCUUUGUCGUACUCGCCGUCUGCAAGCGCUGCCCGUCGUACCAGCAUGGCGAGCCACGUCUCCGCGGCUGCCCUUUCCGCCGCAUCUCGGCCUCACCCACAAGAGGCAGUUCCAAGCCGAGGCGCUGUAUCUCCCGCCGCUAGUCUUCGCCGGUCUUCUGGUCGCCCUAUGGACACAGAAAUGUAUUGCAAUGGUCGUCUUCCAGAACAAGAUCAUCUACAUGCCCGGCUUGCCGCCCAACGCGCGCAGAGAACGCAUCCAAGACUACACGAAGCAGUGCUGGGGCGUGCUGUGGGAGGAGAAAAGGGUUCAGGCAGCCGAUGGGACGGAUCUGGCCCUCUGCGUGGCCUCGGCGACAUCGACUGGUGACAAUGAGCCCACGUCGCACGGCGACACUCUAUCGGUGCCGUCGAUCUACAUCCUCUACUUUCAGGGAAAUGCCUCUUCUAUCCCCCCACGAUUGCCCGACCUAUCAUGGGUCCUGCGGGAGCUGCAGCAGAGCAAGCGGCCCGCGCGAUACACCAUGGUGUGCCUGAGCUAUCGCGGUUACUGGACAUCGAGGGGCCGGCCCUCCGAGAAGGGCAUCAAUUUGGACGCGCAGGCGGCUUUGCACUGGAUUGGCCGGAUGCACAGGGAGCAUGAUGCUCACGGGCACCAGCCACAACCGGAGGUGAUCCUCUGGGGUCAGAGCAUCGGCGCUGGAGUGGCCACGAACCUUGCGGCUUGGGAGGCUUUCCCGCCCACGGUGCGGCUUCGGUCGCUGAUUCUCGAGACGCCCUUCACGUCGGUAAAGGACAUGCUGGUGACGCUGUACCCCCAGAAAUGGGUGCCGUACCGUCACCUCUGGCCGUUCCUCCGAAACCACCUGGACAGCUGGACGAAUUUGGCAGCAAUUGCAAGGAACCGGUCAGGAAAGCGCGGAAAGCCUCGCAUUACAAUUGUGGAAGCAGGCAGAGACGAGCUAGUGCCGGCCGAACACGGCGCGAAGCUAGUCCAGCGCUGUGAGGAGGUCGGGUUAACGGUCGAGAAGAAGACGGUGCGUAACGCAUUUCACAACGAUGCCAUCUUCAAGCUGGAUGGACGCAGAGCUGUCGUCGACGCUAUUGAGCAGGUCGCAGCUGAAAUAUGA